AACAAUGGAAGCAGCGAAGAACCUGUGCGUGGUCAGCAAGAAACGGACGAUAGAAGGGAAAGAUGUAGCGACGGAUUUGUGCGUGGACCGUAAGGAUGGAAAGGGAUGCCUGCGCGGACUAUCAGAUAAUGCAAGACCUUGCCAAUUGUGAACGGAGAGUCAGCACAGAGACGAACCGAACUAAGGCAGCGUCCAGAUUGAGGGUUUUCUGCCGGGAAGCUGUGCGUGUAUCAGGCGCCCGCGCGUUAGCGGCCUUGCCACAUGUAUCGCUCGCUAGUGGGAGGCAGAGGAAGGGGACAAUGUUGCAUGCGAGAAGAUGGAGUAGUCAGCAGACGGCGGAAGAGGUCACCGCAUCUACGACCUGAGAGGCCCAGGGGACGGAUAGACGCGGCUAGCCACGGCAGCGCGCGGCCAACACUCGCUUCGCCUUCUUACACGUCAGUCCGUCGUGGGUCAGGCUGGUGAUUACACGGUCGUCCGGGGAAUUGAUACUUUGCAAGCGGUGCAGGGCACCCUUCGCAAGCGGUGGCUUG